CCUGCUAUUUUUGGAUCAGCAGAAAAUGUCACCAUCUUUAUUAAAAACAACAUUGGAUUCAUUAACUUCAAUUACACAAAGAGAAACAUUUUGCCGGAGUUGAAUGAAACCUAUCUGCAAAACUGUAUUUUUAACCGAACGACGGACCCAUACUGCCCGAAAUUUCGCCUGCGAGAUAUUGUCCAAGAAGCCGGGGAGGACUUCACAGAAAUGGCUGUUGAGGGAGGAGUGAUAGCAAUACAGAUUAAAUGGGAAUGUAACCUGGAUUGGCUGCUUUCCAAGUGUGUCCCGGAGUACAGCUUUCGAAGACUGGAUGAGAAAAACAGCCACAAGACCCUAUACCCUGGCUUGAACUUCAGGUUUGCAAGAUACUAUAAACAGAACAGAGUGGAAGCGCGCACAUUGUUCAAGGUGUAUGGAAUCCGGUUUGAUGUCAUGGUGACUGGAAAGGCUGGAAAAUUCAAUACAAUUAAGACGAUUACAUACAUUGGAUCCACACUCUCCUACUUCGGUGUGUCUAUAUUCGUGGUCGACAUCCUCCUUACAAACUACAUUCCUCGCUGUGGCUGCAAAAAAGAGGUCAAAAGUUACUACACUGAGAAGAAAUAUGAAGCUGUAGAAGAUCAGACAGAGCUGCAAAAUGUAAGUACGAGAGAAAGCCCGAGCUCUCCGCAAAGGCCUCCCAGCUGCAGUGAAGACACAGAGAUGCAAGAGAGACAAACGGGUGCGUGUUCAGAGGAACACGAAACCUCACCGUCGUGGCGCCCGAUGACAAACUUGGAGGAAGAGCUGUCCUUCCACAGUAGCACCACGCAGUGCAUCAGCACCCCCGCUACAUUCUCUCCACUCGUCCUUGACAGGCAGACCUCACAGCUGCUGUACAGGAAUCCCCAGCUAAACAUGCCAGUACAAGUGGCUGCAACACUGCACCUACCAUCUGUUAGCUAUCGUGAGGUGUUUAUAGAAUAUGGUUAAGGUGAUAAGUGAGACUGGGGAAGAGUAGGUGGCUGCUUUAGUUACCUUGAAGCUACUGUAGUUUGUUCAUUAAAGAUUCAAUGUGCAGUUUUAUAUAGAAUAGGGAAAGAGUACCCUUACAAACCUGCAUUUUACAGUAAUAAAGGAGUGUUUUCACAGACCAUGAGUAAUACUACUGAAGGUAACAAUAGGUAGUCCAAGAGCAGGGUCUAUGAAUCCAGCCCUUAUACAUUUUUUAUACUGUUUUAUUGUUGUUGUUGUUUUAACAUGUAUUGUGCACACAGUAUAUUUUUCAUUGCUAAGCAAAGGCAGAUAGUUAAUUAAGUUUUGUUCUGACAGCAGUUUUCAUCAACUGAUGCUUUUCAACACUCUUGUAGCACGCUGAAAUUAAUAUAAAAUGAACAAAUUACAAUAAAUGGAAAAUGACCUUUUAAAAGCCUCAGGGUAAGGAACUGCUCUGAGUACCUAGUGCUUACUGCUGUGAAUAACAGGCUCCUUAUAAGAGACAGUACCACUCCAUUUCACACUGCUGUGAAUAACACACUCCUUAUA